UCAGCCUUCCUACUCCGCCCAUCCAUCUCAUCUCAUCUCUCCCUCCCUCACCAUUUUCUCCCUCUCCAUCCUCUCCUCCCUCUCCAGCCCUCCUCCCUCCCUCUCCAUGUGCCCAGCCCCUUCAUUAACUCCAGUAUGAAAGGAAAGCCUCUUGCCUGCAGUCACACUACCAGAUCCUCACAGGAGCCUCACUCACACGAACCCCUCCUCCCCACAUACUGACUCAGGCCUGGGCACAGAUACAGUUGGCUGCCAAACCAUAAUCAGUGUACCUCUGAGUGAGGCCUUUUUUCUAACGCUGACAUGGAGCUCCACAGUGUACUUAAAACCGUCCACCACAGCCACCUGGGUGAGGAGAAGCACCAGAUGCUGAACUUGAACCGACGCCUGGAGACCUAUCUGAGUCGGGUCAAACUCCUGGAGGAGGAAAAUGUGCUGCUUGCGCAGGAGAUUGAAGCUCUGAGACGCAGCAAUCAUGGAGCUUCAACGCGCAGGAAGGGCUUGGAGGAAGGGGUGCGGCAAGCAAGACUGGAACUGGAUGCAGCCUGGAGGGCCAGGUUCCUCACAGAGCUGGAGGUUGGCAGGCUGACUGAAGAGUUUCAAGCCCUGGACCUUCAGAGACAGAGGGAGGCUCAAGCCCACGUGAAGGCCAAGACAAUGCUGCAGCAAAGCAAGAAGGAGCUGGAGGAGGAAGAGAGGGCGCAGAUCUGGCUGAGAGAGAAGGUCAGUCAGCUGGAGCAUGAGAUGAGGCACCUAAUUCAAACCCAUCAGGAGGAUGUGGCCCACCUGGAGGCCACACUGACCCAUUCCAGAGCCACAGUGCCACUCACAUUGGCUCAAAGAGGCAAUCAAACACCAAACCUUCUACAGCUGGAUCAGGAGUUCUCCCAGAGGGCCUCCAGGGCAUGGCAAGAGGCAGCAGAGGCUUAUCAGGGCCAGUUAGCUCAGGUAGAGGAGUCGCUUAACCAGGCCAGGAGCCGUUUGACCCAAGUGGGCCAGGAGAAGAGCGAAAGCCAGUUGAGGCUCCAAGCCCUGGAAAAGGAGAUCGCCUCAGCUCAGGACGUCAGGCUGCAUCUGGAGAAGACGGCAGCUCAACAGAGACACAAACACAGCCAGGAGAUCCAGCAACUCCAGGCACACUUGGAAGGCCUGGAGGCAGAGAGAGAGGAGCUGGGCCAGCAGAUCGAUCAUCUCCUCCUGGAGAACCGGGGCCUGCUGCAGAUGAAGAUGUCUCUGGGCCUGGAGGUCGCAACUUACAGAGCUUUACUGGACAGUGAAAGCCUCAGGGGAGACAACUCUUUGCUAAAUCAGUCAAGAAACAUUUCCACUAAAGAUGCAGUGUUCUGUCCUCAGGGGGUUAAAAAGAAUUACCAAACCCCACUGACUGCUAGCCACAAGACUACUUCCCUUUUAUCUCGCCGUGUUAUAACAGGAACAGCACCAACAGUAAUUCAUGCAACGGCAUGCAACAACAGCUAUAACAGCAAACCUGUAACUUUCAAUGACACUCCAAAGAUUUUAAAGAAACCCAAAGAUGCAGACACAAAGUCAGAAGCAUGGGAAACCCCUUAUCCAAAAAUACUGCAGGAUGGUGCUGUUGAAAACUUCAGACCACAGGAGGUUCAUGAGAAAGUCACCUAUGCUGAGCCUCUGUCACCUCCUAAUGAGCAAGAGGAUUUUGCUCAAAUCACAUCAGGGGACAAAGAAGGUGAAGAGGAAUGCAACAGCAUUCAUGAUAAAACUCCCAAGGAAACACCAGUGGUGGAGUCAUUUGUCAGUAAUCAAGUUGGGUCUGGCCUGAGCAGUGAGCCAUCCUUCAAUGGUGACGCGAGUCACCGCCAGUUUACAACAUCCGACCUUACACCAUACGACAUGAGAAUGACAGAGAAUGUCUGUGUCUACUCUGGUGAAUCUGAUAAGGAUGUAACUUGUGAAAUUUCUGUUCAAAAAGAAGAUGUGCAACAGCCACCUGCUUUAAGUGAUGCAGGGGGAAACACAGAGUGUAUAGGCAAAGCAGUAGAGCAUGUGCAAGGGGAAACCUCAGAUUCUGAGACUGACGCAGUACUUGAACCAACCUUUGAAUCCAGGACUAGCAGUCCAGCAUCUGAAUGUGAGCCUGGAGAAAGUGUGUUUAACCAAUUGACAGAUUUCAGCCGAGAUGAAAGCUGCUCAAAUGAUGAUGCAGUUGAGAUAAAACAAGAAAUAAGCUGUUCUGUGUUAAGAACAAAUGAGACAGAUGUUGAGGAUAAAUUGUACCCUGAUGGAGAAGAGAUGGAUACAUGGGAUAGUGUAAUAGAGAGGAAGGUUGAUUUGAAUGCAGACCAUGGAAUAAAAAAGGAUGAAACAGAAGGACAACAUGCUGAACCAGAGGAAGAUAUAUCAGCAAGAGAAGCAGAGCAUGAAAAGAGAGAAAUUAGCUUCGAUGUUGCUACAGAUCUACAAGAUGACAAUGUGUCCACUUCAGUGAUGGACACACAAGUAGAUGAUGAUGAACAGCAUGCUGCAUUAAACCAAGAGAAUGACAGAGAAGACAAAGAAGAAGAAGAUGACGAAGAGGAGGACUCUCAACAUGUCUGUGUGUCAUGGAGGACGGAGCUGGAGAGCGACAGCUACGCUCAGGAUAACACUCUGGCUGACACUCGUCCUCUGAUUCGAUACAAAAGUGACGAGACUGACGCCAACACUCAGGCAUCACACAUGGAGGAAAGUGAGUCCAGCGAAGGCGAGCAGGAAAAGAAGAUGGGAGAACCAGGAAGUGAAAUGUGGAACGAAGGCAAGUCGAAGAGAUUUGGAACUAUGGAGGAUCUGUGUGAAGAAGUUGAAGGGGAAACGUUGGACAAGGAAUAUGACCUGGGAUAUACUCAUACUGAGGACAGGGAUGUUGACCAUAGUAUGACUGUAGGUGAGAAUGCAGCAUCAGAAAAUGCAGAAGAAAUGAUCAAGAAUGUCAGUGAGGGGUAUUCGGAUGAAGAAACUGAAGAAUUUACCAAACCCAUGGUACCCACAAAUGUAGAUUACGAUGAGGAGCUAGAGACAGACAGACUAGUGGAGCAGGAGUUAGAAAAUCUAUCUACAGACCGCUACAGUGCUCACUUUGCUCAACAGCAGGUCAGUGAGAGUGAGGACAUGCUGCAGGGCGAGUCUGUCGAGAAAAUGACAGAGCAUGAAGAGGCUGAAAAAACAAAGAGCGAUGACACGUCUUUCUGUGCAGAGUCUGGAGUGGGGGUAAACAACGAACUGGAAUCUACUACAAUUACAGAUCAGCCUUAUGAGAACCUGUAUUUCAGUGAUUCAUCAGUAGAGUCUCAAACAGACACUCUGGCUGAUGAGGAGGUCCAACAUAAAGAUGAAGAUGAUACAGGUGCUUCAGAGAGAAGGGAGGAAGAGGACGAACACAAUGUGUCCAUGGUGACACAUGCCGAUGUGACAGGAAAUUGCUCAGGUUUUAGUGACUUCAUCAUCACACCUGAUGUGGUGGAAGUCAACGACUCAGAGGACCCAAACGCUGUGCUACAGGAAAACCUGCAGGAUGACGCUGCCCCCACUGAGGUGAAAGAGGUCGCACCUGUAGAAGCAUCCAAGUCUCAAGAGCAUCUUGUUGAGGAUGUAGAGCAUCAGUCAUUCUCUGAUAAUCCAGAAACAGCUGAGUGGGAGGUCCUAGAGAACCCAAGUGAGGACUCUGAAAUCAGAGAUCAGAAUGAACAUGAUCAAAAAUGUGAUAAUGUCCCUGACUCAGCUGAAAUUUACCUCCAUGAUGACAGAGGCUCUGAUGAGGUUCUGACACAUAAAGAGGAGCCUCUGGAGAGCUCCCCUGACAGUGUUCCUGAUGAAAAAGAUAUCUUUCUGGUGAAGGAUUCAACAGAGCUUCUGAACACACAUGGCAAAGACAACAGCCUCCACAGUGUUUUCAGCUCUGGUAUAAAGAAUGACUUCUGGGUGUCCUCCUUGGAGACUGGUGCCGCCUAUCAACCAGAUGAUGUCUGUAAUGAAGCAGCUGAACAAACCAAUCAAAAUCUGGGGUUUGGUGACGACCUAGUUUGGGGGAAUUCAGACAACCCUAAUGUGGUUAAUGGAAACUCUAGAGUUGACACUGAUUUAUCUAAAGCCGUGUCUUCUAAAAAAGAGCAGGAACAGAUCCAUUCUGAGGUGAAGCAGGUGUUGUGUAAGGAUGCUGAUGAGGGAGAGUUGGGCCAUUCUGAGGACUCUGAAGUUGAGGUUGAAUCCUGGUCAUCUGGGGAGGAAGCUGUAUAAAAAGUAGUGAGAAACCUGAGUUAAACCAGUUUUAGGCCGAAUCAAUGUUAGUCAGAAUAAAAAAUAUGUUUUCUGUAUCAUGCAUUUACAACAAAAACCAAAGUUGUGCCUUGGUGUGCACCUCAGUGACGCUAACCACCAGUGUGCCAAUUUUAUCUCUAAAGAUACUGAGAUCUUGCCUCGUUUCGUAACAUUUUUCGUCCUCCUAAUUGUUCAAACCUUUCAGCCUUUCAGUGUGCAUGUUGUGGAAGAAGAUUUAGAGCUUCUGCAUGAGGUGACUGCAUGAAGACAGAACAAAGAAUGUCAUUUGAAAGUCAAAGCGUUUAUUGAUCGCUGCCUAAUCUGAUUUUACUGACUGAUGGAAAUCAUUGUGACCAGAAGGGUGGGAUUCUUUGUAGAGCUGCUAUUUCACAAUGUAUCAAACAAACAGCUAGUGAGUUCUCUCAUUUCACUGGACAACAACUGUGCAUGUUUUACAGGUGACAGAAUGAGUAAAUAAGCAAACUAUUUUGUUUCCAUUUGAUUGGUCUGAAGAAGCAAAUUGAUUUCCCCAUUCAUUUCCAUCCAUGAAGUUUUUGCUGCGGUACAUUUACAGUCUGAAAUAAACAGUAGAUUAUGUGAUACA